AUGGCAGGGAAGCAAGUCAAAUCUGAUGAUGACAAGUUCCAAACCAACAAGAGUGCCAAGAUAAUUUACGGUGACAAUGAUCGGAUAAGUCAUUUGCCCGAUGACAUUCUCGUUGAUCUACUAUCUUUAUUGUCGCUCAAGGAAGCUGUAUGCACUAGUGUUCUCUCAUCUCGUUGGCAUAACUUGUGGAAACAUACAUACAGUCUCAACUUUGAUCCACACGAUUCUUUACAAAAAGAGGAAAAGUACGUGAAAUGGGUGAAUUCCGUCAUCAGAAAACACAAAGCAGCCAUCUUGAAAGAUUUCGUAAUCCGUCUAAGGUUGAGCAGAACAUUCCAGAAGGAUGUUAACCGAUGGAUUGAAUUUGCAUUUGCGAGGCACGUGCAGAGGUUAGAGUUGGAUCUUAGCAAAUCGAGCCUUGUUAAUUGUUCUUUACCCCAAGAGUUGCUCACUCAAAAUACUAGUUCCGAAAUUGACUUCAAGCCCCUCAAAGUAUUGUGUUUGAAAUCUGUUGAUGUGACGGAGGAAGAUAUUAAGUUUUUGCUAAGUAACUGCCCCUUGCUCGAAGAAUUGGUUGUCGAUCGCUCGUUGAAAUUAUUAAACAUUGAAGCUUGUG